AUGCUACCUGAUCUCAGUAGUAUUCGCUUCUUGAGUGUCAGUUUGAUUGAUCGUAACCAAAAGCUUAUUCCUUCGUUCAUUUUUCAGAAUCUUCGUACUCUUAGUCUGGGACUACUAGAAGUAUCGUUUCACUGGAUUGCUCAACUAGUGGCGACAACACCAUGUCUCAUUAAACUGAAACUAACUGGUCUUGUAGACGCCUAUGGUUUUGUGGUUAAUCAAAAAUGGAUUCAUCUAUUUGAGUCGACACCGAGACUUCUGCGGAUAUUUGUUAAUGUAUCAUUAGAGCAAAGUAAAGAACUCUAUCGUUGUGAAAAAAUUCAAGCACCACUGUGUGCUCUUAAUCUGAAUCUUGUCUGCAAUUGUGAUGAUAAUGAUUGCAACCUCUACUAUAGGGAAGUAAACCGAUGGUGGAAUUUACGAGGUAUGGUCACCAAGCAGUAA